AUGAAAACGACCAUAAACAACCCCGAUUGGUCCACUCUCCCGGACCAUCUGCUCGCCAUGAUCGGGAAACUUCUCCAUGCAAGAGUCGAGGCCCUUCGUUUUCGCGCCGUUUGUCACUCAUUUCGCACCUCACUACCUCUUCUUCAACCUUCAACUCUUAAUAUUCCUGACCCUUUUGAUUCAAACAACCAACUUUCGCUCACCCGUUCCACUGUUUACGCCAUCGAGCCCCUUCAUGAAAUCUCCAGUACCCCGCUCGAGACUUCAACAUGGUUUGUCAAAGUCAGUGAGUUAAGCUCUGGCAGUGUCCGAGUAGAGGAUAUUUUCUAUAGAUUUACAGAUCAAAAUCUGUCCGAGAUGUUACCAAAGUCUUUGAACCUACUAGAUUAUCGACUUAAGGAAAUAACUACAGCAUACGGGCUUCUUCAAUACCCUAUUUUCCAGAAAAUAGUCGUUUCUUUGGAUGAGUUUGAGAUUAUGACGCUCUUUAGUGGAGGGAAACUUGGUGUGUACAGAAAGGGAGAUGAGGAAUGGACUUAUAUUGAUUUUAGUGUUGAUGGGAUUUUCUUUGAAGAUAUUGUGUAUCAUAUGGAAAAAUUCUAUGUUUUGGGCUCCAAGGGUCUUACCAUAACUGUGGAUUCAAAGUCUUUGGACAUUUCUCAAGUUGCAGCCCCGGUACCUACUGCUAAUGGUUUUAAUAAGUACUUGAUCAAGUCAUUGGAGGAUCUUUUCUUCGUUGAUAAAUCUGAAUUUGAUAAUUGUUUGGAGAAAGGUGGCAGUAAAAGUUACCCGAUUCAUUUGAAUGUUUUAAAACUUGAUGAAGAGAAGCGUGAGUGGAUUCGGGUGACGAAUAGUUUGGAUUUGAAAGACAGUGUUGUUCUGUAG